GGAAGCGUUGCAAUCGGAAGUCGUCUCGCUGGAAUCGAAGAACGCGCGUUUGCAAGCCGAGGUGCAGCAUUCACGUAAUCAUCUUAUCUGUCUGGAAAGGGAAUAUGCCGAGUUGUCCGGUCGUCUCGGAUGCACUUCCGCCGAUACGGAUCGCAUCGCCCAAUUAGACCGCCCAGGUGUGAUUAAUGCAUCCGUAUCAGACGACACGAAUUCCGGAUCAAUUGCCAUAUUGAAAUUACGCGACGCUGAGGAAGCUCACUCUGCUGAGCGGAUUCACGAAGAAGCCUAUCACACGCUUUCUCACAGCAGUCUACAUUCACGGUAUGUUGUCUCGAAUUUUUCUCUCGCUCUGUGUCGAACACUAUUGCAUUGCGUAACAUGUUCGUCUGAACUCUCAUCUUGUGAUGUAAAAAACAAUAUUUGCAUGCAUUUUUCCAAAAGUAAUGUACUAAUAAAAUUUUACUUUAUAGUGAAGAGAGUAGAUACCAUGAAAUGA